UGGUCUGUGGCCUUUCACACAGUGCAGGUGUCAAAGUGGUAAAAAAAUAAAUAAAAUAAAAACUAAGCUAACUUUGUGAACAGAAACCAGACAGUAGUCUUGCAUCUUCUAUGAUCCAACAAACCAAACAACAGAAAACAAGCACAUUUCUCACUUUGCCUCCGACCACUAGUCAUCUCAGUUGUCAUUUCCUGUGUGGAAAGCAUUUAUUCACUGUGUGGGGGUUCUUACUAAGUUUAGACUAAAGAGAGGCAUGUCCGUUAUAUGCUGCAAGAAAUGAGAAGAAACUGUUAACUUUUCUGAAUAUAUACAUCUACAAAAGUAGAGUCAGCGAUAAUUCACUCAGAAAAGAGAUCAGACAUCUGAAGGAUCUUUAUACAGGUGGGAUGAUGAAUUUAUCAAGAUAUUUUGGCAUCAAUGGCACAGUGAUGUGCUGCAUCAUCUGGAUUUUCUGUCCAGCAGAAUCAAAAAUGAUCUCUAAGAAGGUCGGCGAAGACAUGAUGCUGACCUGCACAAAUAAAUCUGUGAGCCUGCUGCUGUGGCAACUAAAUGGAGAAAAUCUGUUCUCAGCAAAUGAUGCAAACAAAACCAAAACAUCAGAUAUUUCUAAAAAACUCGACAUAAAAUUUUUAGAUACAAAAAGCCAGCCAUAUGCCCUCAUCAUCAAGAACAUCAAGAAGUCCCAUGAAGGAAACUACUCCUGUGAGGUAACUGGUGAUUUGGGAGUGUCUGGGGAGAGCUGGGAACUCAUUGUCACAGGGGAAGCUGAAGGUUUCCUUCAACUACYGAUUCUUGUUGCAGUUGGUGUUUUUUGUACAUGUGUCCUGAUAAUAAUAUUGGCUUUGAUUAUUUUCAAAUGUCAGCGGAAGUGGAGACAACACAAUAUCCAACCUCCUGCUUCAAUAAGGCAGCAGCCAGAACAAGAUAUCUAUGAAAACCACCUGGAAAUUCAACGACAAGCUCAGGCUCACAAACUUAGACCUCAGUAAUACCCGUCUGUACAUUAAGUUCUGGACCGUUCGAGAUGUGAAAUGUUGGGGUGAACUACUGCUAAGUGCUCUACUGCCCAACUCAAAUCACUUCGCUUAGAAAAAAAAACCUUUCUUCCAAGCAAAAAGAAAAAAUCUUAAUUUAGAUGUGCUAUUAUUUUCACUGGUCCUGAGCAGGUUUCAUGUGAAGGCUGAAUAAAAAAGCAUGACUAAAAGAUCAAAAUAACUUUUCGCUGUAAAAUAUUGUCAUAAUGGUCAGUCCAAAAAUACCGAGGCUCCAUUCGUCAGAAGAAGUUGUAAAUAUCCAUUUGGUAAAUUUAUUUUUAAAAAGCCUCAGUUAAAGAACCACAAAAAGUUACAGAUGAUUGAAAAACAAUACUUGUCUUGUUGAGUUGUGGAAGAAAAUAUAAAUACUAAAGGCUCAAGUUGCUGUUGAUGGUGCAAUAAAAGCUUAUUAAA